GUAGAUAGUCCCCAAUCAUAUGUUUUUAGUUGUGGUUCUGAGGAAAGACAUUACAAACAAAUAUUAACUAGGAUUAGCGUAUGCGGUAAAUAAACAAGCAUGUUACGAGACCUCAUAACGUGGGUGUUGAAUACGUAUCUUGGAAAAUAUCUGGAGAACUUGAAUUCCGCCCAAUUGUCAGUGGCUCUGCUAUCGGGCGAAGUUGAGCUCGAGAACAUACCCAUUCGCAAAGAUGCCCUCCGUUCGUUUAAUUUGCCGGUCGAAGUCACCGCCGGCAGCAUCCGGAAAAUCAAGCUCCAAAUUCCAGUCCGCCAGUUUCGCACCUCGCCGUGGUGCAUCUCCAUCGAGGGACUGUUCUGUAUCAUCUGCCCGAAGAACCUGGAGAACUGGGACAACGAGAAGGAGAAGCUGCAGGAUCUGGAGUACAAGCUAGCCGUUCUGGACACCGCCGAAGCGGGCUGGCGGUCCGAGAAGGGAAAGCAAAUGGAGUCCUACUACUUCUCUUCGUACAACAAUUGGCUUAAGUACGGCACCAACAUGGCCACCAACAUCAUCGACAACAUCGAACUGAAGAUAUCCGAUGUGCACUUUCGGUUCGAAGACAUUGUGGACACCGGAAAGAGCCGGAUAUGCACGGGCAUCAAGAUCGGAUCCCUAACCGCCCAAAGCUGCGACUGUGAUUGGACCAGCGGGUCGUACAAAACGGCCAACAACGAAAUGAACUAUAAGCUGGUGGAGCUCAAAGAGCUCUCUGUGUACUGGGAUCUGUUGCACGAGGACAUCAAAUGUCAGUCGUACACCAACCAGGAGGUUCUCGAAAAACUGCACUCGACCUGCGAGUUGAGGCCCCACAACUUCAUCAUCAAGCCAAUUUGCGCGACAGCCAGGUGGAAACGCGACAAGUGCCUGCAGGUGAUACGUACCAAAGACAAGCCCAGGGUUUCCUGCGAACUCCUGGUUCCCGAGGUGGUCAUAGACAUAUCCAAGGUCCAGCGGCUUCAGAUGUUAGAUAAGCUCUCAGAAAUCCGUCAAGUCAAAGAAGUUCGGCAAUACAGGCUAAAGCGACCCAAUUGCAGCGUAGAAAGCAAUCCUAAAUUAUGGUGGAAAUAUGCAAACAUUUGUCAUGGUUUUGACUUUAAGCAAAAUGAUGAAAAGUGGUCAAUUCUCAAGGAAAACCUUCGUUACAUGCUGCUCUAUAAAGCGAUCAUUUUGAAUCCAAAUGAAAAUCUGUCCAAUGCGGAUAAAGAGUUUAAGGCUUACAUCGAGAGCGACCGAAAGAUCUCGGAUUUAACGAUAAUGAGAAGAAUAUGCUUUGAAAAAGUGUUUACGAAAGGUUUCUCCUUUGAAUCGCAGAACGAGCAGGGAAAGACAAUGCUCUUUCAUUGGUUUCCCAACUGGAUGGGUUGGUAUGCGAACAGUCCAAGUACCCCAAAUAGUGAACAGGACGAGUCAAUAAAACAUUUGGAAGAUGACAUUCUCGUUGCGUUGGAGAACUCAAUUCAGAACUCUUCGGAAUUGAAAAGCGAUGCGGUGUUCGGGCAUUUUUCAAUCAAGCUACUCAAAGGAUUGGUAAUCCUUCAGAGCGAUGAUAAAUCAAGUGAUGGCAGGAGUAAGUCAAUGGAAAUGCAGUUAAAUAACUUUGCGGCCUACCUCCAGUUAAGCCCACAGUUAACUUCUUACACUGUGGGCAUAUCAUUGCAAGAAGUGUAUUUAAUAGAUAAAACCAGUAGUGAAACAAUGCACAAUUACUUAAUUAAGCCACAAACAGGGAAUACAGCUAUACCAAAUCAAGUAGCCAAAAAUGGACUUCAGGAGGACACCCUGUUCCAGCUACAAUAUGGAAAUUGUAAUAACUUACGAUUUCAGCUCAAUAUUAAAUCAAAAAGUUUAGAUCUUAUUUAUAAUGAGGAUGCAAUUCAGUGGCUUAUAGAUUUCUUAGCUGAUUUAAAUCAGAAAAAAUACUCACCGCGCAACAGAGUCGAAAAGAAGACCGACUUUAUGAAAAACUGGAAUCAAAUGUUCAGUGGCAAUGAGGUUAAUCGAAAGAUUUGGAUGUUCGAAAUCGAAAUCUUUGCGCCACGUAUAAUUUUCUUGGAAAACUACAAAGUCAGUAAUUCUCUUAUGGUCCUGCUGGACUUCGGAAAACUGGAAAUGAGAAAAAUGGAGGUGAAGAGAGUUAUGCCUGUCAUAGAAUCGGCUGUAACCGAAAAUACAAGCGAUGACGAUGAAACCUAUUUGACUCCAUGUUCGACACCACCUGCAUCAGAGAAAAGUGGAUCUGACUCUCCGACACUGCUAGAAAAUCCAAAAACGGAAAGCUUUUUGAACAAAAAUGUUCACUUGGAGUAUGUUCUGCAUAACAAGAUCUACGACAAAUACCUGAUAAAUUUCACAAACCUUCAAGUUCUGGUGUGCAAAUACGAAGAAAGAUGGCAGGCUUGCCUGAAAACAUCGUCAAAUUUUCACCUCAUUGAUAAGUUUAACAUAAAUCUUACUCUUGAGCAGAGGAAUAUAUUCACUGUUGAUCCGGACUAUCCCUCACUUAUGCUCUUUGGCACCUGUCCAACCAUAUUAAUCCAUGGAAACGAGGAGCUCAUUAACAAUUGUUGUAACAUUAUGAAACCCAUUAUAAAGGCUUCCAAGGAAAUGGAAAACAUUUAUAGAGGAGGCAACACGCUGUACGCCAGUGAAAGAAUCAAGAACUUGGCGGAGGACGAUAGAAGUCGCGUCGUCAUUGAGUUUGUAAUGGACCAACUAGUGAUAGAAAUGCAGUCGACAGACAGGAGUAUUGCUGAGCUCCAAAUCAUCGGGGCACGGGCUGGGUUAACGAAAGAAUCAAAUGAGACGAAUAUUUCCAUGUCGGUUCACGGAUUGCUCUUAGUAGAUGCCAUUCAGUCUUUCGGUCCCGAUUUUGAGUUAUUGGUUGCUAGUCAUCGACAUGUCGGAAUGGAUAGUUUAUCUGGCAGCCUUAAACAUAGUGCAAUUGUUUCGCCAACUUCGCCUGGAUCGCCAAAUUUUUUUGAUAGGGCUACUAGUCCUCACAUGAUUACAAAAGCAGUUCAAAAUAUAAAGAUGGGCGAUAAAUCAACAGAGUACUUCGAUGAUGAGGACUCGACAGCGCUUAUUUCAGUUGACAUUAAAAUUGUUCCACCCAAUGAAAACAAUUCAAUGCAACUUCACACUACAAACAUCACUUUCAACAGUUUGGACAUAAUAGCUAAUCAAGAUACUAUUCUUGAAAUUCUAAACUUUGCGAAGAGGACUCUUUUGGCACAAAAUAUAUUUCAAAGUGAAAGCCCGCAAUCAACAAAAGAAUCGACUGAAGUAUCAAUAGAAUUGGAAGAUCAAGUUCAUCAUAAAAAUCAUAAUGAAAUAUUUUUUGAUUUUUUCCGACUAAACAUUCUAUUGUUAUACACCAUCAAGAGAGACAAAUUCAGUGUUGGUCGAAAAGUUGGAACUGUUACGUUGACGGAAGCGAAAAUCAAUGCGUCCUUUCAAUCGGAUCUAUCCAUUUUUGGAUCUCUUGGCGGAAUACAGGUUAUUGACAUUACUCCAGAAGCUUUUUGCCAUCCAAGGAUUCUAUCUGUUGGACGAGAUCAAAUUUUGAGGGCUUCCGACUCAAAUAAACAAACCGUUCUUAGUCAGCUUUCAAACGAAAUAUACUCAAACAAUUACAACGAAGAGAAAAGCGACGAAAGCGAUGCAAUAAGUUUUCAAAGUCAUUGGAGUGACAAAACUACUUGCACUUUUCAAAUGCGAAUGGCUUCGGCUUCUUAUACUCAUUGUCCCAGAUUUUUGCGGGAUGUCAAUGCUUGCAUUACGUAUUUUAAAAGAAGCUUAAGAGAGUUUGCAACCUCCAUUGGUAACAAAGCUACAGAUAUGGCUAAGGAAUUCGUGCAGCAGAUUAGAGCUGCUGAGCAAAUUGGACCAGUUUACCCACAGCGAAAUCACCAGGACAAUUGGCUUGAUAUUAUAAUAAGUAGUCCAAUUAUCAUUCUGCCAAUUUCCAACACGAGUACGAAUGUUUUGAUUGCCAAUUUGGGAAAAAUUAGUUGUUCGAACGCCGUUAAAUGCGAUUCAGAUGCUUUCAAUGAAUCCUAUACAAUCGAAAUUAAAAACACAUAUGUAUAUUCCUUGAACAUCGAUGAACGCGAGUACAGCUUUAACGUUCAUCCUGCUAAAAAUAAGGAUGCAAUUCCUAUUUUGCAUGACACAGCAAUCACAUUACAUAUUUAUGCUGGAUACAGCGAAGACAAUGGUCAAGAAAAAAAACUAAACAGUUUCUCAAUAAAAGGAAGUAUGGUUGAAGCCCUAAAAGUGUCCCUAAACCGAAAACAAUACGAGUUACUUUUAGAGAGCAUCCGAUAUGCCACUAAUUUCUCGAAUGGAGUUAUAAAUGACUCGGAUGAUGUUGAUCAAAACGGGGAUAGUGAACCAACUUUAAGUGUUGAUGAUGAGCCCAUUAUCAGCACGAUCAUACAUUUCUCAGUGCCUGUAUUUCAAAUCAACCUGCAGAACGAGUACCACAAUGAUUUGAUAAAUUUAACAUUUAAAGACUUUAAUGUUAAACACAUUGCUAAAGGAUUUGACAAGGAUGUGGAAGUGGUGUUGAAAUCGGUGUUAAUGGAAGAUUUAAAGUCAGACUUAACAUCACCGUUUAGAAAUAUGGUAACUUCGGUAGAUCUCGAUAAAAAUAUAAAGAAAAACGAAUUGACAUCGUCUUCGUGUCCCGAUUUACCAAGUUAUUGUAAUGCGCUGAAAAACAGAUCUAGAUCCAUGCCCUACAUGCAGGUAAAAAGAUUUAGCGGAGACAAAAAGUUUACAAGUUGCAACAAAAACGAGUUGGGAAGAAAGAAAGAAAGCCAAACGCUAGUUAUCUACAAAUCUCAUACAGGACGAUCUGCUGAGAACAGUAAGCUUGAACAAUCGAGUUCAAUUCAAUUUAAUUGCCUGAAUUUGGCUAUUUGCGUGGAACGCUGGUACACGAUUUUCGACUUUUUUGGACUGGUUUCGGCUGAUAACUACGAUGAAAAGUACACAGAAGAGAAGAAACUUGUAGAAAAAAGUAUUGACGAAUUUUGCAGUAAACUGAAAGUGUCAAUCAGAAGUUUUAACUUCACGUUGAUUCGGAAUGAGUCUCUUUUGUCCAGAGUGAAUGUGUCAAAUGCUGUUUUCAUGAUUCUUCAGGACCAAUUUUCCAAAAUUGUUGAAGGCUGCUUGGGAUCCGUAUCUGUUUAUGAUCUGACAAAAUAUGGAAACAUUUACAAGCAAAAGUUUCUUACAAGUGGCACAGAAGCUUUAAACUUUGUGUAUAAGAAAAAACUGGUUGAUUUGGAGGCCUUAAAAACUUUGGACACCGACUCAACGCUGCGAAUUAAUAUGUCUGCAGUGCAUUAUAUACACACCAAACGAUUCUCCACUGAAUUACAUGUUUUUGUUAAAGAUCUCUUGCAAUUGCAAACGCCUGUAAUAAGAAAACUAAAAAAACAAAGUCAUGGAAAUGAACAGAAUAUGCGUCCAUCAAAAAUGAAGCUGGUCAUUCAAGCGGAUUCCCCAGUUAUUGUACUUCCUGCUUGCUAUAACAGAAACGAAGUAAUAAUCGCCUACCUUGGGCAGUUUACAUUGAAAAAUAGCUUUCACUUUGCCAGCGACGAUAAUAUAAUAAGCAAAAUGAGUGCAAAGCCAAGUGAAAGUGAAAUUCUGGACGUAAUGCGAAUCGACCUGGUCAACAUAAACUUAUUCUCCGGGGAAAGGACCUCAAUGAAAGCAAAAGCUGAUCAGGAGAAGGAUCGAAUUAUAAUCGCUGAUAUCAACUUCCAAAGACUGGGACAGCCAUUCUUCAACGAAUCGUGCUUCCUUCACCUGCAAUUGGAGCGAAAUCUUUCGGCGGACAUUAAUCGUGUCUGUCCAGACAUAAGUGUUCAAGGAACUUUUUCGAAAUUGAAUGGCAUGAUCAAUAUUCAACAGUACAAAUUGAUUCGAAGUUUUUUAAACAACAAUAUAGGCGAGCAAACGGAUGACAUUUACAUGAAUUACCAUACUAACAGUUGCACGUCCAUUGAAAGACUAUCAACAAUUAAUCUGCUGCCAAAAAAUGAAGUUUCCAAAACGGUUUCCAUUCUGAUAUCAAUAAGAAUUUUACUAGAAGAUGUUUCACUACUUCUAGCUUUAAAUACUUCGCACAGUGCAGUAAUAGAGCCCUUGGCUUGUAUUCACUUUUUGAAGUCCACUCUGGAAAUCGACUUGUUCAGCGAUGGCUCACAAGAUAUAGAUUUGAUAUCGAGCAAUAUACUUAUUGUUGAUGAGAGAAAUGAAACCGACAAGAGCAAUGAAAACAUGUUUAAAAAUAUAUUGGAGCCAUCGAAAAAGGAGGUGAGAAUCGAAAACUCUGUACAAGUGGAAAUCCAUUGCAGAAAGAAAGCCAACUUUAGCAAGUACACAAUAAUGUUAAAUAAUAUGAGGGUGUUUGCGCUUCUCAGUUUUCUGGACCAAUUAAAAUCGUAUUUACAAGAAGACUCACCAGCACCCGUUGUAAAUAAUCAGAUUCCACAAAAACCCCAAGUCGAUAAUAGUAUUUCCACAGAAUACGUUGUGAAUAUUACGGAUUCGGAAAUAAUAUUCGCUGAGGAAUGCAGUCGCCUCGACUCAAAUGCAAUAAUUUUGAAAAGUACAACCGUUAUUUGUUAUAAGCCAAACAGUAGUAUUGUGCCUCUAUCCUUGGACAUUAACCACUUGGAAAUAUUUUCCUGCACUUUGGACGCCGAAGAGGAGAGCGCUUUGUCUAUAAUUGAUCCUUUUACCUUGAUAAUUGAGUUACGCAGUAAUUGCCUGAACAUUCUCAUACAGAAACAUUUGAAUAUUCGACUGUCCUAUGUGGAUGUUAAAUUAUUUUCGAGAAUGGCUCGUCUGCUUCCCACACAAACAUCACGAUCGAAGAAUGUUAUAUCUAAGGCUGACUCCGAUCUGGAGAAGGUAGCUCCCCUCGUGGCAAUGGGUUUUGAGCUUUCCGACUGUCUGUAUGCCAUGCAAGUGAAUAAUUGGCGAAUCAACGAUGCUGCAAUUUGGUUGUCGCAGCAAAAGCAGAACACCUACCGAAAUCCCGCCCUGGAAAUGAAAACCGCUGUGGUGGACGCCAGUCUCAUAUCGGUGUUCAUAAUUGAUGAUUGCAUGGAUGCCGAUGUGCCACUGCUGGAGGUUUCCCUCUCGAAGUUCCUGCUCAACUAUACCUUCAAGACGCAGGAUCCCAAUCCCAAGGAGACCAACAUUCGGCACUUUAGCUUGGGCAAUAUUGACACGGAAGCGGCCGUAAACUAUUAUAAUCGACGUCUCAGUGGAUGGGAACCGGUGGCGGAGACAUGGGAGUCCCAUUUGAAAUGGAAGUACACCAAGGGUCACUUGGAUAACAAAAUUCGUUUCGAGAUUGGCAUAUACAGCAAGCAGAUGCUCAAGUUAAAUGUGACCUCCACCUUUAUAGAACUCUUCAAUGUGGUUCUGAAGAACUGGACAAACGAUUUCAACGACAACGGGGCCAAGAACUUCAGGCAACGUUCUCCGUUUAUUCCGUUCGCUCUGCAGAAUCUCAGCGGAACACCCCUACUUUUCAAGCCCAUUUAUGCUCCCCUUGGAGAUUUAACAUGUUCGGAUCUACAGCAGUUUGAAUUGAUCAAGAACUGGUAUGCUGUGCAGCCCAACGAAACCAAAACAUUCGACUUCACCCAGAAGAGUAAACUGCGACACGUACACUCUCACCAAUUGAAUUUACACCAGAUUUUUGUACAAAUCCAUGGCUGGACAUUGAUUGGACCCAUAUCGGUGGACAAGGUUGGAAUGUUUUUCCGCACCACAAAACUAGACUCGCAGUUGUCCACGAAAAGCAGGAUAGUCUUUGACAUCUCUUUGAUUGGUUCCGCUCAGAAGCUGAUAAAAGUGAAGUCCUCUUUGGGGGUGAUAAACAAACUGGAUCGCAACGUGUUCCUGAAAAUGUCCUUGAAAAGCACUCACAGUGACGGACUGACGGCAAUAAGUGUUAUAAAACCCAACGAUGAACUUUCGUUGCCGCUGAAAUUUAUUGAUGCCUCAUUGCAUGUGGCACACAAUACCAGUGAAAAGGAGGCUUACGAAGACACGGGUUUUAGUAACGAGGAAAUAUUGUGGAAAGCUUGCGGCAAGGAUGACACCCGACAACUUCUCUUUGGCUAUGACAAUAACAAGAGCAUAUUGUACACCUUAGCAAACGUAAGCAGGGAAAUUUAUCACUUUAAGGAGCAGAAUUUACCGGGUCACAAGAUCACUUUGUUGCCGCCACUGAAGAUAAACAACAUGCUCUGCUGUGACCUGAUGUUCAAGAUCCAUGAGCACGCCAGCGGCAGAAUAAACUCAUCGGAGAGUGCGAAUAUCUACAAUGUUAACAUAUAUCAGCCCCUCAACUUGAGCAUCACCCUGGACAACUUUCAGCUUUCUGGGCAACUUAAGAUUCCCGUAAGCCACAUGGGUGUUGUUGAGCCGAAAUUGAAGUUGUUUGACAUCAAGAAGAGGGAACUGCACCUCCGCGUAUCCAUUCAAUCGCUCAAAGGCAAGGGCAUGGAAAUUUAUAUCAGUGCUCCCGUUUGGAUAAUCAACAAAACAGGUCUUCCCCUGAUUUACAAGCAAGAGGGCACCAGUAACACAGCGGCAGGACAAUUUGAGGAGCACGAGACUGCGCGACAAGUGGCACCUCUGAUGUUCUCAUUCUCCGAUCAGGAGGGAUCCCCCGCCCUGGAAUUGCGCUUGGGCAAUGCCUUUGGCUACAACAAUUUGUGGUGCAAAAGCUUUAGCACGCAUAAGGAUUUAACGCACAGGGAAUUGCGAGCUGAGAACACAAAGGGCAGCUAUGCCAUUGGUAUUAGCGUUCGACGUGGAAGAGGUUUAUACGCUUGCACGACCUUUGUAACCUUAUCACCCAGAUUUCAUCUGCACAAUCGCAGUGGCUACAAACUGGAGUUUAUGCAACUGUGCGAUAUUGUCAAUAAUGACCGUCCCGAUCCGCAUAAAAUCAUUUCGGCCCCAAUUGAUUGCAAUUUCGCCUUCCAUUGGCCCAACUGGGAUCAAGAGCAGUUUAUUUGCGUACGAAUUCCGGAGAUAGAGUGCUGCUGUUGGUCGAAGGGGAUUCCCAUCAAUGAUGUGCAGAGUUUGUAUAUCAAUGUGCGAAAUGAGUGGGGCGAAAUGUUUUUCCUUCGCUUGGAGAUCAUCUCCAAAGAUGCCACUUUUAUACUCUUGUUUACGGACGCUCGAACGCUACCACCACCGAUUCGAAUUGAUAAUUGUUCGGAAGUUGUCAUCAAUUUCUCGCAGCUGCGAUCAAAGCCCGUAUGGAUUACGCCAGUUCGACCGCAAUCCUCGCUGUCCUAUGUCAUGGAUGAUCCCUUGGGACUUCAGGCCUUGCUGAUGGAGGCACCGGGUGGAAAUAUGAUAGAGUUUCCCAUCAACAACGUUAACAACAUUAAGAAAUCAUUGACGUACACCAACUUUAUUUACAUCGCAUUUCAUGGCACCUUUGAGCGCUCGAGUGAGGAGGAAAAUCCGCACAGGCACUUGGUUUUGGGCGUACGUGGCAGAAGAGUUGUGAUAAUGGAAAAGAACUCGGGCGAUCGAUCCCAGCUGUGGCUCAUGAACUCAAAUGGUCAAUUGGAGCAUGAGGGAUCCACUCCACCGAUUCAAACCAAUGAUGCGAAUGCAGUGCGACUUGUUCUGGACCUUGAGAAGGCUCCAAAUCCCAUGGAGUUUACAAGUCUGGUGGUUCGAACGCCCAAUAAGCAAAGGGUCACCACUCAGACAUGGAGAUUCGAGAAUGGCCGAUUAAUGUGUCAUGCGAAUAUGUGCGUUCAGUCCCGAUUUGGAGAAAGCGGUCUGAAGCCCAACUAUGAAGCAGUUGUGGGCAGGACUGAAAACAAAUCGAACAAGCAAGCCAUACCGAUUGGACAGCAUAUAGUGGCGCAAAAACUAAGGCCUGGAUCGGGUCAAUUGGAGCUCUCGACGCGAAUGGAUGGGCCCAUUUCCACAAUCGAAAUAUGUGAUAUUAAAAUUAAACAAAAUUCAGUAUUCCUUACGCCCGAUUUGCUAUGGAUGCAUGCUUCGCUUAAUAAUCGGCAAAUUACGGAUAAGGGAAAAGUAUCAUUCGUUCACGAGUAUCUGAUUAAUAUUGAGCUGGUCAAGGGAAUCGGUAUUUCAAUUAUAACUCGAAAGCCUUGCGAGGAAAUCAUGUUUAUAAGCCUCGACCACAUACAUUGUGAUAUAAUGCAAAGUGCGUUGGAGAAUUCGUUAGACCUAAACAUUUCGUAUAUUCAAAUCGAUAAUCAAUUGUUGGAUGCGGCGAGCCCAAUUGCAUUACAUACGCAAACUUCGAGUGACCACGACCAACAUAAAAAUGCAGUGGUUCUCAAAUUGAAAAUGUUACCUUGUCCAAACAAGAACGCAAUCAUUUUUAAGUACUUAACGCUGGACCUGAAACCCUCCACUGCGAAUUUGGAGGAGAAACUAAUACUGAAAGUGGCUUCAUUCCUGGGCUAUGGCAAGAUCAACCGCCAGAAUUUAAGUGUACAAUACCAAUUCGAAAACUUUGAGGAGAAGCCCAUUCUGCAGGACAUGAAGCGAUAUUAUUUUGAGAAUUUAAGUAUUGGCGCAACACAGGUUCGACUCUCAGCUUUCACUUCAUCCAAAUUGCCGGUGGAGUUACACGAAACGAAAAAGGCACUUGGGCUCACUUUAAUCAAGUUCGAGGAUGCCUUGAUUGAGCUCGACAGGUAUUCGGAUAAAUUGCACUUUGAGACAAUGGACGUGUAUCUGAAGGAAAUGAAAAAGCACUACAUCAACCAAGUCAAAUGGCAUGCGGCUGCCAUUUUGGGCAGCGUCGACUUUCUGGGAAAUCCCCUGGGAUUCGCCAACGAUCUUUCCGAGGGAGUAUCUGGACUGAUUUUCGAGGGCUCUGUCAAGAGUCUGGUGAAAAAUGUAACGCAUGGCAUAUCGAAUUCGACGGCCAAGCUGACUGAAACGUUAUCCGACAGCCUGGGAAAAGUUGUGCUGGACGAUCAUGAUAAUGAGACGAGGCAAAGAAUUCUGGAACUGCAGUCCAAUACAUCCGGUGGUCACCUGGCAGCGGGUCUGAAAGGUCUCGGAUUUGGAUUGCUGGGCGGAGUAACGAGCAUAGUUAGACACACUUACGAUGGCGCCCAAGCGGAUGGCGUUCCCGGCUUCCUGAGUGGCCUGGGAAAGGGUUUGGUGGGCACUGUCACGAAACCCAUCAUUGGAGUGCUGGACUUGGCCUCCGAAACGGCCAGUGCGGUUCGGGAAACCAGCCGGGACACGCACAGGAAUGCUCCCGACAGGAAACGACUUCCCAGAUGUGUGACCGGUGCUCCUGGUGGGCUUUUACCUUUGUAUUCCAAUCGUCAAAGCAAGGGACAACAAUAUCUAUACCUGAUCAAUCAUAAAAACUUUUCGGAAAAGAUCAUUUCAUACGAACCGGAUUUGUGGAGCGACAAGCAGGCGAGGUUGCGCUUGUUGGUUUCUACCGAAUAUGUACGAAUAUUCUCAUUGAGCGACGGCAACCCAACAAUUAUGUUUGAGUGUCAUGUUAGUGAGAUACUUUCGUGCCAUCCGCUGGUAACGAAUGUGGGCACAACGCCAUCUACGAGUAGUAGGGCGGCAGCAAGCCACUACAUUGAGAUUUCAACAAACCUUCCGAAAAUUACCAGGCCAAGAAUACGCUGUCGAUCUGAGGAAUGUGCUGAGGCUGCAUCAAGAUGCAUAAACUACGCUAAAAGUGUCUUUGAUGAACGUGAACAUGCCGUUUUAUAAAAUGCAAUAAGUCGGUUCGUGAUAAUAAACAUACACCUUUUGACAACAAA